GAUGGUCGAACAGCAAACCGCUACCGCAGCAACGGUCAUAUUGCUCCUUUUUUCGAUACUGUUCGUGCCAUCUAAUGCCAGAAUUACCUUCGAUUUUCCCGAAAAGUUAAAAACGUUAACCUUAAUUCACGGCGAUGAUAACAUUAUGAUGCAAUCUCAAGAAAAUCGUGAACGAUCGCCAAUGGAAACCGAUGCAGAUAACGAGGUGAUUUCGGUUCGAUUGCUUAAUAGAUAUUCAACUCAAUUCACAUCCGCGACCACAGACUUAGAAAAUGUUUCAUACGAGAAUAUUCAAGAUUCUCGAUACACCGAUACGAGCACAAAUAAAGCUGUAUCUACCGUCACAGAACCUGCCCAUGAUACUACAGAUUCAACUACCUUGAAAACAGAACCUGCCCGUGAUACUACAGAUUCAACUACCUUGAAAACAGAAACAACACCUAUCCCCAUUAUCGCACCAAUAAUUCAAGAUUCAUUUGAGCAUGACUGGGAGCACUCUCGAGAAGACAUUCCGGAAUCAUUGGAACCAUCGGUUGAAAGAUUUACAAUGACAAUCAAACCCAUAGCUUCGCGAACAUCCACACAACGACCGCAUUCGUCUACUGCUGUGAUAGCAACAACCAGCACAACACCGACCAUGCCACCCGAAACAAAAAAUGUUGGAGAACGAAAACGUGUUGCGAGGAAGCAUGAUGAUUAUCACCGACCACCCGGAAUCGAUCUGAGGCGAUUGAACAUUGGCAAUUUGGACGGAUUCCGUUUUCAGGAUCUAUUUUCUCACAGAUCUAUUCCCGAAAGCAUAGAACAACCGGCUAUAGAACAUCAUCAGGUGCAACCACAUGCUAGUUUGAAAACCGGUUGCCCAUGUGCUAAACACGGCCGAAAAUUUGUCGAUUACGAUGAAAAUGAAGACGACUAUCCAGACUACGAGCAAUCAACGGACGUUCAAUUUCCCCGAAUGAAGCGACUUCUUGCCGGGCAAAGUCCAAUGCUGGAAGAGAAUCUACCAGCAACGGAUUUGAGCAUCGAGCGAGCCGAACGUAUGCAGGGUGCCCUUGAACGGAUCAUGGGAAUAGUGACGAUCAUAUCGCACGUCGACAACUUCAUCCAGAAGAAAACCAAACAGUCGAUAAGGCGACUGGCGCGUUUGUACGAGAGCAGUGAGGAAUAA